CAAGCAAGUCGUCAUCAACAUGGCGAAAACAGCUUAGCUCAGUGUAGUCUUCAAUACUGGGUCAUCCACUGGGGUGUGCACUCCUGGCCAAUAUUUUUUGUACCGCACACCGUCACAUGAUCCAGUCACGGAGGUAUAAAACGUGGCAACUAUCUCAAGCCUUCUCGAGUCACGGAGGUACCAAACGUUGUGAGGCCGCCUCAGUGUUUAGUCGUACACGAGUUGUUUAUUGAUUGAUUUAUUCCAUGAUGAGCGCCAGUUAGAUGGACGUUGUGAAUCGAUGAACUCAAGAUGGGGAGGCUGUAUAGUCGGCCAGCUGUCCACCUUGUUGGCUAGACUGUCACGUGGUUCAUUGAUGUUAAACCACCACCGUGUGGACGCUGAUUCGCCUUAACAUUAGACUUAACCUCUCUUUGAUUUGAUGACUUCUAACUAAGAUGGCCGACACAGAGCAGCUGUUCACGCUGACGGAAAAGUCUCCGUUUAUGGGCUACAGCCCCAGCAUAUUCCAGACCAAGUACGGCAUCAGCAGUGUGGAGAGGCUCAAGAGAUCCUCCAAGCUUGGCAAAAAACUAACCAAGAAAGCUCGAUACUCGGACAAGUCAUCAGAUAAAUACAAGGAUGAUGUUGAUAAGGAUAAAGAUGAGGUGAUCGUCAAGUCAGAGCCGCUUGAUGAUGCGGAGGAUUACUCGAUGAAAGGCAACAAGAAGCUGGAGGACUCCUCUGUUCAUUCCACCAAACCAGCCAACAAGUCUUAUCGCAACAGUUCGGACACUCUUGGCUCGCCACCUACGUCCACCUCGCCCUUCAUUUGCAAGUCCAGCCCCAGGGGCUUCGACGGUCAGUGCACCUCGCCCGGCUCCUCGGCUCUACCAGACUCGUCCACGGGCUCCUGUGAGCAGCUCUUGAGGACCGGGAACCAGAGGAGUGGGAGUAUUUCCAGCCUAGAGGACUGUUUCCACAGCACCACCUCAACCUCUUCAGGGGAGACCAUCCACUGUCAGGUCUGUGGGGAUUUAGCUGCUGGAUUUUACUGCGGCGCCUACAUAUGUGAAGCCUGCAAGAAAUUCUUCAUCCGGGCAUCAAAGUUGGACAAGCCCCGGUACGUCUGCCUGAGACAGAAAGAUUGCGUCAUCACCAAGGAGAGCCGGGUCCACUGCCAGUACUGUCGGUACCAGAAAUGUCUGCAACUCAACAUGUUCUACCCCAAAGAUGGGCAGAAGAGUGCCAACAAGGUGGGGGUGCAGGAAAUUCCUUGUCGCGUCUGCUCAGCCCCGUCCUCAGGGUUUCACUUCGGUGCUCUCACCUGCGAAGGUUGUAAGGGUUUCUUCAGGAGGAUGGUGAAAGAAAGAGAAGCCUAUACCUACAAGUGUAGCAAGAACAGUGGUUGUGAAGUCAAUGCCAUGACUAGAAACAUGUGCAAGGCUUGUCGUUACAACAAAUGUUUACAGAUAGGAAUGUCUGUAGAAGGUAGUCGCAUUGGUCGCCAGCCAAAUGCAGUGAAGCAUGCCAUUUCUCUUGAAGCCAAAAAGCAGGUAGCUCUAAAGACAGAGCCUGGCACUGGUCCCCAUAAACACGAGAUGGACACCAGCCCCUCCAAUUUUAAUUUUGAUUCUGUGGUCCUUGACCCCUGCAUGGCUGCUGAUAUGGAGGACAGCCUGCAGUCCGUGGACCACCAGACCACACACGGCACAGACAAGACCAGCCCCAUGGCUGAAUACUCACACAAGCGGACAGAAGCUAGGAGGGAUGCUGAUGACAGCUCAAACAUCCACUCGCCCCCAUCCAUCAUACAUUCACAUCAGGAAAUGUUCCGCAUGCCCUCACAAGCAGUGCAGGACCAUUCAAGACACAGCAGGGAGCCUUACCCCCACAACUCCCCACCAUUCCACCCCUGCACUCAGCUGGACAUCUACAGUCAGCCGCAGGAUGAGGGCAUUGACCUGUCCAUGUCUCGCUCACCUUUAACCAGCUCAAACUAUUCUAGUGCUCACCUGCCUGCCACCACCCACCAGAACCCCUUGCCACUACCAACCUACCAGCCCCCACCAUCCCCAUGCUAUAGUUCACCAGUCCAUACACCUCAGGGGCUGCACACCUCCCACCAGCAGCUGCACACCUCCCACCAGCAGCUGCACACCUCCCAGCAUAGACCAUCCAACAGAAACAGCUCUGUAGACAGAGACGAGGCCCCCAGACAUUACUACACCAGCAGGGAGGACUACAGCCAGCCCUACCCCACCUACCAGCACACAUAUCCAGGGCUAGCUGGUAAAGAAGGUUACCCAGAGAGGUCGUCCAGCCCGUCCCCCCAGCCAGCCAACAGCUACAACAGCGUGUGCUCAUACAACAAGCCCCACGCUGGUGAGUACCACCAGCAGCACCACAGCUCACCCUACCUGAGACCAGAGUCUGAGCCACCCCACUACAGCCAACACUACCACAGCGACAUGCCCUACCCCAACCCCCUGCUGGACUACACCAAGGACAGACAGCAACACUACAGACAGCACAUGCUCAGCCCUGACAGAUCGCCAGAGUCCUACCAGCCUCACAACCUAAGCAUCAGGCAGCCCCAGCACUACCCUCAGUACAACAGAGAACUGAUGGAAAGCAAAUCUCAGCCUAAACCCACUGCAAGACGUGGGGCAGACAGUGCCCACAUGAAACCCAACGCGCCAGUUCCACAGCUCAAUUCCCCACUGAACUAUCACAAACCUAAGCCAGCCACGCCCCAGCCAGUCCACAAGAAGUCAGCAGUACAGGAAUACAACGGGAAGUUUCUAACUUUCCAGGCUCUCCAUGAUGAGCUCAAGUCAGCUGCCACCAACCUGUUUCAUAUAUGUGUUACAGAUAGAGCCAAGUCUGAUAUCUAUGAUCCUAAAAAGUUUGAGAAUGUUGAUGCCUGCUGGGAGAGGAUGAUGGAGCAUUUCAACUUCCAUGCCAAGUGUAUCGUCCGCUUUGCUAAAAGGGUUCCAGGUUUCAAGGCCAUAAAACUUGAUGAUCAAGUUCAGAUGUUAAAGAUGGCCACCUACUGCAUUGUAAUCCUGAUCCACAGCAGAGAGUACGAGCCUGACACUGGCUUCUAUAACUACUUCAAUUUCUCCAGACUUGAAAUACCCCCUGUCAAAGAGUUGUUUCCAGAAUUUGAAAUUCUCUUCAGUCACUUUAAGCACACUGGUGUGAUGGCCAAGCGCUUGUGUCUGACAGACACAGAAUAUGCCUACCUGUCUUGUAUGUUGCUGUUGGAUGAAGAGUACCCAGGACUGGAAGAUCCUAAAAAAAUCAAGGAGUUAAAAGAAAAAUACACAGAUGCCUUCCAUGAAUAUGAAAUAGAAAACUUCCCCAACGGUAGUCUACGUUUUGGUGAAAUGCUUCUGCGCCUGUCUGAGUUCUCCCAGUUCUCCAUGCAGCACAACAUUGCCGUGGGUCUUGUCAUCACCAAAAACUCCCAGCUCCAUAUACCCCAACUGUAUGCUGAGAUGUACAACACUAAUGACUCUGGCGCUAACUCUGACUGAGGAAUGACCAGUAACAAGGAUGGAAUGGUUUAUUUAUCAGUUGGAAUAAGGUUUCUCAUAGGGCUGUGAAUUCAAGAAAAUUCCUACAUUGGAUUAUUGUAGCCAACAAUGGGCCUACUUAUUUUGUGAAUGAUCAAGGUCAGUUACAAUGUGAAGAAAAUGUGAAAGAUCCAUCUCUGAUUUCUUGCAUUGAUAACUGGAGCAAUCAUCCAGAUGCUGCAUGAUUUUUCUUAUUUCUGUCUGGAUACUGGACAUUAGGGACGUUACUUUGUUCCAAUUGGAUUCUAUUUAUAGCUCAGAAUUUUGAGCAAGCAAGCUGACCAAUCUUAGAAUAUUUUUUUAAAACUAAUAUUUUUUUAUCUAGUAUCCUUUUGGAUGAGGAUAUUUGAUGUGGGUUUAAUGUAGUAAAUUUUUGUUCUGACAGCGUUCUCUCUUCUUCUUCUUUCUCCCCCCCCCCCCUUCUUUGUGCAUGAGGUAGCAGCAGUUAAUCUUGGGUUAUUGAAGCAUCCAGUGCCUUCACCCAUUGAUAUUUCUGUACGACCCCUAUUUAGAGCAGCAAGACUAAGAAAGAAAAGCUAUUUGUAUAGACUCUAGCUACAGCUAACCUUGAUGAGAUUGUAGUCAGUAGAGUGACAUUCCAAAUGAUGUAAACAUAAACUGAACAUUUCCUCUAAAAUAUAUUGAUGAGAAUGUUUUUUUUCUUAAUGUAAUAUAUAACUUCAUUCUAUACCGGUAGCUAAGAUGGUGUUUUUUUUGUUUGUUGUAAUAAAUAUUAGCUAUUAAAACCACACAAUGUAAAAGAUACAUGAUCAACAUUUUAUUGUUACUUUCUUAAUCACCAUGAAUAGUUUUCUGUAUCAAAAUCUAUUUCUAUCUCAGGUAUUGUUUAGAUUUUUAUACUAGGGUCUGUUACUUUUAGAAAGAUAAUUUUAGUGUUAUAUCACUAAUCAGAAUUUCCUGCUUCUUCAAACUUAUUGCUUAAACUCUUAGCAUGUCAUAAGCUUCAGUCUGUUAGGAAUAAAACUGUAAACAAGGACCAUAAGAAAUUGGUUGUUUUAUUUAUGUCAACUGGUUGUGGUCAGAAAAUAUGAGAAAGAAUUCAGUAGGCUGCACUAGUUGAGCCACUCAUCAUUUAACUUCGGAAAGAUUCAUGAGCUAGUUACUAUAGAGCAAAGGCAUAUCAGCUUUAGCUAGAGCACAAAUUGCUCAUGUUGAUUGUUGUUUGUGAUUUUCAUGUGUUUGUCCAGCCAUAUAAGUUGUACACUUGAUAAGGUGUACUGAGAUGAUAAAUUAACCCAGAAAUGUCUUACCAAAUGCAUGUUGUAACAGAAUGCUAUGUUGUAUCAAGUGCCAUACACUCAUCUGGUGAUGCUCACCUAUUUAACUGACUUUUUAUUUAUGUAUAUGUUGUCAUAUUUUUAGCACUGAAAUGAUUUUUUUUGUCCAUUAAUGACUUAUUUCACUCAAUUUGCAAUUUCAAAUUCAUUUACACUCUAUUUAAUAUUUAAUACAAUUGUGAUGUUAAAAAUUUUAAAAUUUUUGUUUCAACUUGAUGUAAUGGUGGAGUUCCAUUUUGUAUAAAUUUCAUGUGACAUCAAGUUACAAGUACCCAUAUAUGUGGUGUACAGUUUUGUAUCAUUAACUAUUUAAAAUCAUGAAUGAAACAAAGGUGUCAGAAUGUUUUACCGCUGUAGAUGAGAAAGAACUUGGAUUAAAGCAUAACAAAGCUUUUGAGUCAUUCAUUUUACCAUAUAUCAUGAAUUAUUUUUAUCGCAGAAACAUUUGAACACAGUAACAAUAAAAUGAAUUGGAAUUUACAGCAGUUAUCAACAAAAACUGAAAUAGCAUUUGUCAAUUUGAAACUCAAUGGAAGGUUGCCAUAAUUUCUUGUACUCACACAGAUAAUUUUGUUAUUUCAAUUUUUUUGUAAAGGUUUGGUCAAAAUUUUAUUACACAGGAGUGCAUUAUGUAAUCUACUGCCAAGCACUCAGUUAACUAUUUAAGUGUGCUAAGUUAUUAAAGUGUAAGUUGUUUAAUGUACAUCAAAAUUUCUUUUGCUUGUUUAUUUUAGAAGAGGAAUGCUAAAUUACAAUUUGUUAUGAAACAAAAUAUGUAAAAUAAUUCCCUAAUUGUUUGACUUUUUAAACUGGUAGCUGAUUGUGUAAUUGCUCAACUCUUGGCUAGACACCUUACUGACAUUAAAUGCAGCUCUCCUAGUUGUUUCAGUACCAAACUUUCUCACUGGCCAUAGUUUUUACACUGGUAAUUCUAUUUUUGAAUAUUGUGCCUUUCAGUGGAUUGUAAUGCCUUAUGUGAUGAUAACUUACAUUUUUAAGGCACUUAAGUUAGCUUUUGUUGGUAGGAAAAAAUGUAAGGAAAGUGUGUGUUAUACCAAAAUUUGACACCUGGUGUUGGUGUUUUGGGCUAUUGAGCUAUUAGAAAAGUGCAUCUACGUUGUGUGAUAAGCUAGAUGGGUGAGAUUCUGGAUGAUUGAAUAGAUCCAGUGGUGGCACAUAACAUGCCCAGGCUGUUUACCCUCAUUGAUUUGUUUACAUGACAAACUUUUGGAUUCUACAUUUCUUUUUACAAAUAAAAUACAUCUAAAUUCAAGGAGACAAAAAUGUUACUGCACAGAAGACAAAGCUGCAUUAUGUCCACUGUUUAGUGAAAUCAGUGUAGUGCACACAUGUGCAAUGUUGAAAAUACUGCUUUGGUCUUCUAUAGCGUCAAUGUUUGAAAAUAUCUUCAACUUUCAUUACAAUGCAUUGUGUUCUUUUGGUGGAAAGUUCAGUUUGUCAGAACAGUGUGGUAGGGACCAUGUAAUAUAUGGAAUAUUUGUCUGGGGUAAUUAAGUAAAUCUGUUGAUUGUUUGAGACAAAUGGGGCUUGUGACAACAAAUAUUAUAAACAAUCAUUUGUGUAAAUACACAUCAUGUUUCUGUCUUUAGAGUCAGUUGUUUUUCUCAGUAAAAAAAUUGUAAUUAUGUCGGUGUAUAAAUUUGUUUUUAAUAAAAAUUGUACAUUUUUGGGUUAUAUAUUUUAAAAUUGCCCUUGGUAUAUUUUGGAUUUCUAUUUUAUUUCAAGUCUUUUUAUAAAACCUACCUCAUCAUACAACAUUCUUUCAUCAAAACUUGAGAGAUUUUAAAACAUAUAUUCUAUUUCUACUAGAUUGGUUUUAUUUCCUGGAAAGAUUUUCUAGAAGCAGAUAAAAAGAUAGCUGAUAAUGUUAAAUGGUAUGCAUUGAGAGAUAAAAAGACAAGUUGUGCCUAAUAGAGUGAGACCUAGUGUAAUCUAUAUAUUCACAUCUACUUGGUUUUUUUUUUUUAAUGUGGCUUUUGUUUUGGCUACUAUAUUUUACAAUAAAUGACAUACCUUAUUAAACAAGAUUUUGGAAAAAAAAAAUUAAAAUUUCAACCAAUUUUGACAGUUCAACUGAAUAAUACAUACUGAAUGAAAUGUAAAGUAGCAGCUGUAAAUUUUUGGCAGCUUAUUUAUUCCCUCAUGUACUUUUAGGUCAAAUCUUUCUAGAGGUCACAUUGUUUUGUCGUUUGGGUGGUGUUAUUUAGCCGAUGGUCACUUGGUUGAUUUAUUAUAUAAAAUCUGGAGUCUGUUAUCUUUUUGCAAUAAGUCAACAGAUAUUCUAACUUAACAAUUAACUGUACAUUGUGAAAAUGCAUAAUGGCGGUUUCAAAAAAAAGUAGAAUCUUUUUAACUAUACAAGUUUUUUUAUAGUUUCUAGGAAAUAAAUGUCUAACUGGCAUGCUGCUGCGUGUGCUUGUUAAAGUUUGUCCACAAUUUGUGGUUCGAACCAAAUUUGUUAGAGCAAUGGUAGUAUGUACAACUUGGUUUUAUGUUUGCUGUUUGAACUCAAAUGGGCGGUAGCUUGCAGUUGCCCAGCUGUUAUGUUUUGAUAUAUGACAUAUUUUUAGAUAUCAGAAUAUUGAAAUUAAAAUUGACCUUUUUUAAGUAUUUAAGACUGAAAGUUUUGUAAAAAUGUGAACCAGUUUUCCUGUUUUGUUACUCUCCCGCCUCCCUAAGGACAUAACCACAAGAAAUAAUCUUUAUACAGCUUCAAGGGCAAGCCAGCCUUUUAUUUCAUCCCCAUGUUGUUUUGACCGGUUUUAUUGGUAAAAACUGUCAUAUGGUCCGUGAUUUUUUUGUUUCAAUAAAAUAUAAACCAUAUCAAAAUG